CUCCUUGCACUGCUGUCUGUCAUCUACCAUCCACAAUCUUUGUGACGACGCCUACAGUGCCACGCCCGACGAGACUGUCCAGCCACAGAGCCGCUUCUCUCUUCUCAGAAGGGUUUCAGAGGAUUCCGGACACCUUGGUCUCAGUCUUUAAUUUCCUCUUCCUACUUCAUUAGUACCUGAAUCUAUUUUGCGGGUCGCCAUGGCUUCUCCGAGGGUCAUGCACGCCGUCCAAUACGAUCAUUACGGCGGUGGCGCUUCAGCUUUGAAGCAUGUUGAGGUUUCAGUUCCAUCUCCAAAGAAAGAUGAAAUUUUAUUGAAGUUGGAAGCAUCGAGCUUGAACCCUAUUGAUUGGAAAAUUCAGGAAGGUGUGAUAAGACCAUUUCUUCCACCUAAAUUUCCAUUUGUGCCAGUUUCAGAUGUUGCUGGGGAGGUUGUUGAGGUUGGUCCUGGUGUUCAGAACUUCAAAGUAGGGGACAAAGUGGUUAGCAUGCUUAACACAUUUAGGGGAGGCGGCCUGGCUGAAUAUGCAGUGGCAAUGUCUAGAUUGACUGUUAAGAGAUCCCCAGAGAUACCUGCAGAAGAAGGUGCAUGUCUAAACAUAGCUGCCCUUACAGCUCUGCAGGCACUCACCCAGGCUGCUGGAGUCAAGCUUGAUCAAAGUGGGCCAUCUACUAACCUUCUGAUAACUGCUGCAUCUGGUGGUGUUGGCCAUUAUGCGGUCCAGCUAGCAAAGCUUGGCAAUGCUCAUGUCACUGCCACUUGUGGGUCUCGCAACCUUGACCUGGUUAAGCGCUUAGGAGCUGAUGAAGUGCUUGAUUAUAAGACACCAGAAGGGGCAGCUUUGAAGAGCCCUUCAGGCAAGAAGUACGACGCUGUUAUCCACUGUGCAACAGGCAUACCAUGGUCAACGUUUGAGCCCAAUCUGAGUGAAAAGGGUAAGGUGAUCGACAUUACUCCUGGGGCAACAGCUCUGAUGACUUCCGUGAUAAAGAAGCUGACCUUUUCAAAAAAGUCCCUGGUCCCUCUAUUGUUGUUUCCUAAAGCUGAGAACCUGCAACUCUUGGUUAAUUUGACGAAAGAAGGAAAGCUGAAGACCAUAAUAGACUCGAAAUUUCCCUUGUCCAAGGCUGAAGAAGCCUGGGCUAAGAUCAUGGACGGUCAUGCUACUGGAAAGAUCAUAGUGACCUCCGAAUAGCAGGUGUAACUUUCCUGUCUGAGGCCAUAGGCAUGGGAAGUAAUUCCAUUUUCCUGCUUUUCUUUGAUCUCUUCCUGAAACCGUGGUGUUCAUAAGAUGUAACUUUGGACAGGGACAAAUACAGGAUUGGUUUGUUCUCUUACUCAUACAUCCUUACCGUGGAGAACCUUCGUGCCUUCUUCUUUCA